UCAAAAGUCAGCUUCCUUUUGCUCUCCGCUGGUGGCAGAUGCGCAGCUGGUUGGUCCUAAGCAGGUUGGUGUUGGAGGGAGAAAGCCGGCACUGCUUAGCAUCUUUGUUGGCUUGGGGCGGAGGAUGCUCAAAGGAUUUGGAGGAAGAGGUUGGGAGUAGAGUUGUGUGGAUUAUUGGUGGAAGAACAUGAUAUGAGGUGCCAGAUGCUUCACCAGCCACCGCCCAGCGCCCCUUGGAGAAGAGAGGGUGAAGAGGGCGCGGGGGCGGGGGCCGCCCUGCAGCGCAAGGAGCGCGUGGUGGCCAGGGGGCUGUCUCUUUAAGCGCUCCGGAGGGGCUGGGGCCAGAGGGCGGCGAGCGCGUUGCCAUGGCACCAGGGCUGCGGGGGCUGCAGGACCGCUAUGCUCGCUGGUCUCUAGUUGUCUCGGGUAAUGCAGGGGCUGUGCAGCUCUUGGGCUACAGCGCCUGGGGUUGGCUUGGCCGGCCACAACUAGCGCUCGCUCUCUGUUGCCUGUGUCGCCCGCUGGGGUCGAGCUGCUGCCGCACCCUUCGAAGCAAGACGCACGUCCGCGGUCCUCAAGAGCGAGGCGGCACUUGCAACUUCUGCCUGGCGAGCCCAACUUCUGCGCGGGAUUCGGACUUGAAGAUUCCGAGCGGCGCACCGCGCGCAGUUGGGGCGGUGGUCCCGCUAGCUCAGCAUCACCGAGAUGACCUCCCCACUGUGGUUCUGGUGCUUCUGCCUCUGGGCGGCGGACCACUGGCCACCAGGAAGCGCCCUGCAGCUCCAGCCCGGCAUGCCAAAUGUUUGCAGAGAGGAACAGCUGACCGUGAUAGGCCUGUCACGCCCAUGCACCCGAGCUUUCAUAGACACCAUUAAGUUCUGGAAACAAGGUUGUAUAGGCCCACGGCGGUGUGUGGCUUACAAAAGAAGGACCCGCUACUACACUGUCUACAAGCAGGUGUAUACCACAGAACACCAGAUAGUCUUCAGGUGCUGCCCUGGUUGGAGCCGAUGGGACGAUGAACCAGGCUGCCUCUCCUCUGUGUCUUCUCUGGGAACCCAUUUCAGUGGAAGGCGGUGCUCAGAUGGUGAUGAUCAACGGUGCCUCUGCUCACAAGGGUUUCAUGGACCCCACUGUCAAUAUGAUAUAAAUGAAUGUGCUGUUGACAAUGGUGGCUGUCAAGAUCAGUGCUGCAAUACAAUUGGCAGUUAUUUCUGCAGAUGUCAAGCUGGCCUAAAGCUGGAGGAAGAUGGCAGAGGAUGUGAAGACAUCGAUGAAUGUGCAGUGGUGAAUGGGGGCUGCCAGCAGCGCUGUAUUAACACUCUGGGCACCUUCCACUGUGUGUGUGAUACAGGGUACAGACGCCAUGCUGACGGACGCACCUGCAUAAAGACAGACCCCUGCACAGGUGGGAAUGGAUGUGCUCACCUAUGUCAAAGUGAGAAUGGCGUGGCCAGGUGUACCUGCCAUGCUGGGUACCAGCUGUCUAAAGACAAAAAGGCCUGCAAAGACAUAAAUGAGUGUGAUGAAGAACUUGCUCCCUGUGCUCAUCGCUGUGUGAAUUCAGAGGGGUCGUUCACUUGUGCCUGCCACCCUGGCUUUGAGCUAGGAGCUGAUGGAAAACAUUGUUACAGAAUUGAGUUAGAAAUUGUAAAUGUCUGUGAAAAGAACAAUGGUGGUUGUUCUCAUCACUGUGAACCUGCCAUUGGUGGACCCCAUUGUUCCUGUAACCACGGACAUCAGCUCGACACAGAUGAGAAAACAUGCAUAGACUUUGAUGAAUGUGAAAGCGGAGAUGCCUGCUGUGCUCAGCUCUGCAUCAACUAUUCAGGAGGCUACCAGUGUGGCUGUCAGGAAGGCUUUCAGAUCAGUUCCGAUGGUUGUGGAUGUGAUGAUGUGGAUGAGUGCUUGGAUGUCAAUGUGGACUGUAGCCAGCUGUGCAUCAACUCUGUGGGGACAUAUGACUGUGCCUGUGAAGAAGGCUACAGAAUCGGAAGUGAUGGAAGAACCUGUCUCGAUGAUGAACAGCUAGAGGAGGAAGAAGAGGAGCUAGACAUCCUGAGGUUUCCAGGCCAUCUGGUUCAAAACCCACCUCAGCCGUUCCCUUAUCUUGACCCCUCUCUGAUUGCUUCAUAUGAAGAUGAAGACAAUAAUGAAGAAGAGCAGGAAGCAGAAGAGUUCCAACAGCUGACAGCCUUACACAGAGUGGUCUGUUUAGAUGGCACCUUUGGCCUGGACUGCAGCUUGAGCUGUGAGGACUGCAUGAAUGGAGGGAGGUGUCACGAAAGAACGAGCAGGUGCUUCUGCCCAGAAGGCUGGACUGGCAUUCUUUGCAAUGAAAGCAACACCUUAAGAACUGGUGUGGACAAACAAGCUCCUUUGGCUUUUUCCGAGGAUGCCAGAAGAAGGGAGUGCAGGGGCAUCUGCAAUUGUUGGACCGGAGGCACCUGUGAUCCUCAGACUGGACAGUGCCAAUGCCCCCCAGGGGUCUAUGGGAAAGUUUGUGAAGAAGGAUGCCUGAAAGGGUUCUUUGGAAAGAAUUGCAAAAGAAAAUGUCACUGUGCCAACAAUGGCCAUUGCCACAGGGUAUAUGGUGCCUGCAAAUGUGACCUAGGGCGCUAUGGAAGAUUCUGUCAUCUCAGCUGUCCCAGGGGGACCUAUGGAGCUAGCUGUUCUUUGGAAUGUCAGUGUGUGGAGGAGAACACCCUGGAAUGCAGUGCCAAAAAUGGUAGUUGCACCUGCAAAUCUGGUUACCAAGGCAACAGAUGCCAGGAAGCCUGUCCUGAUGGCCUCUGGGGACCAGAAUGCCAGUUUUCCUGUGGACUCUGUGAAAAUGGAGGUCAUUGCAAUGGAAACUCUGGAAACUGUGACUGUGCUCCUGGUUACACAGGGAAAUCCUGUACCAUGUUCUGCCCGCCAGGCACAUAUGGGAAAGACUGUAACCAGGUAUGUCAGUGUUCAGCAACUGAGGACUGUCAUCCAGUCACUGGAAGAUGUUCCUGUCUGCCUGGCUACCAUGGAAACCACUGUCAGCUCCGGUGCCCAAAAGACACUUAUGGUCCAAAUUGCCAAGAAACAUGUAAGUGCCUGAACGGAGGUCAGUGUGAGAGCAUGCGUGGUACCUGCAGCUGUCCUCCUGGCUUCAUCGGGGCGGACUGCAGUCAAACUUGUCCUGGAGAUAAUUAUGGGCAGGAUUGUGCCCAGCGGUGUUCCUGUGGCUCAGGAAAGUGUGACUCAGUGACAGGAAGGUGUCAUUGUCCACCUGGCCUGAUGGGAUCAAGGUGUCAGCAAGGUUGUCCCCAGACAAGAUAUGGCACCAAUUGUGACCUCGAAUGUCCGUGUAAAAAUGGUGGACUCUGCAAUCCUGUGGAUGGGAGCUGCUCCUGUGGCCUCGGGUGGACCGGGGAUCACUGUGAGAAAGUGUGUUCUUCUGGUAAUUAUGGCCCAGACUGCAAAUUCAAGUGCUCAUGUCAGAAUGGUGGGAUUUGCAGCAGGCUUUCUGGAGGCUGUGAGUGCCCCAGCGGGUACUAUGGACAAAGCUGUGAACAUGAAUGUCCUCCCGGAUUUCAUGGCUUUAAUUGUGUUCACACCUGUGACUGCCAAAAUGGAGCCAGUUGUGAUGUAGCAAAAGGACAGUGUGUUUGCCCAGCAGGUUUCCAUGGCAACCAUUGUGAACAAGAAUGUCCACCUGGAAUGUUUGGGGACAAUUGUCAUCAACCUUGUGACUGUGAAGGAGAAAGUUCUUGCCAUCCAAUCACAGGAAAAUGUCUUUGCCCACCAGGGAGGACAGGAGCCAAAUGUGAAACAGAAUGUAAGGCAGGCCACUAUGGACCAGACUGCCUGCUGCUCUGUGAAUGCUCCCAGGGAGCGCUCUGCAACCCUGUGAAUGGCAGCUGUGCUUGCCCCAGGAGGAGAAUGGGCCCAACCUGUAAGGAGACCGCCUUGGAUGCUGCACAGCCAGAGACCCACAGUUCUUCUGAAGUCAGCACUCGGGAAAAACGAGGACAGAGCUGAGAGAGGUCAAGACCUGGCUGACUGUGGAUGCCCCAUUCCCGUAAUUCAGGAACAGAUUGAAAUAGCCUUACAAUCCAAAUUACUCAUCAUUUCCAACAGCUCCUAGUCAUUUGUAUUUUGUUUUGGUUCUCAAGGAGUUUACAUAUGCAUUUUUACUUUCAGAAUCCUGGCUAAUUCACAUUAGUAAAUAGUAACUUUGUUGAGUGAAAAUACUGUUCACUUUGUCCAAGAAUUUUCAGAAUAAAAACAAAGACUAUUGAAAUUAGAUGACUAGACUUUAUUUGUGUAAAAUGACUAGAGUGGCUUUUAAAAAUCAAAACUGAUUUUGGAUAAAAUUGCUGGAAAAUUUUAUGAAAAGUACUUGCUGUUGUGAGUUCAGUGGAGUCAUUAGUUUGUAUGUAGCCUUGACCUCAGCACUCUUGUCUUUCCUGUCGUUCUGGGAAGGACAGCCAGGGCCUUUUCCAUGUACUUUGCGGCUGAACCACUGCUUUCCCCCUUCCUCAGCACACUGAACACGUGUAGGACAUAUCUGCUGAAGGAAGGUGUGGCAAACUGAAUGUUCCUGGAUGAUAUAGAGGAUUUAAUGAGCUCUGACUCUUAAGACAUUCUCUAUAAAUUUAAUUUGACUCUAAAAAGGACACAUUCAACUUAUUUUCUGUUUUCUCCAUACUAGCAACCAAAGUUCUACUUAGAUAGGCAGUCAAUGCUAUAAGUAAUGAUUCAAAUUAAUUGAAAACCACGCUCUAUUUUGAAUGCUUGUCUAUUUUCUUAUCAAUUGUUUUCAAGUCUCUCAAAAAUGUAACCCUCUAAUCCACAGAGCAAUCAACAUAAAAGGCAGCAGGAGGGCUUGGAGGAUGAUGACUGAGCAUCAGCAUCAGGACCAGAGUGUGGGUGCUCAAAACCCACUUAAAUAUGGCUCUGUAGUGCAAUGGAUAGCACAUUGGACUUAAAUAUCAGAUGAGCAUGGUGGCUACACAUAAUUCCAGCACAAGGUGGAGAUGAGAGUCCUUGGAAAAAACUGGCUAGCUAGCCAAGACUUAUCAGUGAGCUUUGGGUUCAACUGAGAGACUCUGCCUCAAAGAAUAAGAUGGAGAGUAAUCAAGGAAAAUUUCCGGUGUUAACCCAGGCCUCCCACAUGCACACAAACGAGUUCUUGUGCUCUUGUGGACUCUCACACAUUGGUACACACAUUCACUCACAUAUACACCCCACCAUACACACACACAAGCAAUGGUUUUGUUUUGUUUUUCACAUUAGCAGUGUGCAGUCCUGGGUUAAUAUACCUCUCCCACUCUGGACUCUUCUCAUUUCACCAUUUCUUAAAAGACAGUGACUAUAAAAGGGGGAAGGAGAGCACAGAAUUAUAUUUCUUGUCCUUACUUGAAAUUUUUCUCUCCAUUGAGAGAGAAGAUAGACCCUGAAUUUGAUAAGGAAAAACAAUGAAAUUUCUUUCUGCCCAUAUUUGCCAUUGAUACGUAGUGCCCAUGUCUUUGCAAAUGAGAAGCUGUUAGUAAAAUGUUCAGCACAUUCUGGGAAAAUGUCGUCAGGUGCUUCACACAUUAUCUCUUUCCACCUCAAAAGCCAUAAUAAAUAAAUAUAAAAGAUUCUGAGAGAAAUGGAACUCAUAGCAUGAAUUUGCAUAUCUCCUUGUUGUUAUUUUGAGAUAGCGUCUCACUCUGCAGCUCU